CAAAACAAAGCUUGGUAAGGGGUGUAUUACAAACUUGUAGUUAUUUAUUUAUACUCUCUGCUUUUUUUCUACAUCACAAGACGGUACAAUGUUCUAAAUCUCUCGGUGGUUCAUCAAAAGGUAAGAACGGAAUUUGUCUUUACUCCCUGCAAUGAGUGCAUUAGCCUUAUGUCUGUUCACUAUAUAGUUAACCCUAAAGACCAUAUGGCUUGUUUCUCUAGCUAAUAAAGCAACCUUUACCAUUUCAGUUCUACUGGCAUUGUGGAAAGAAAUACAGUCAAGACCAAACUACAAUGAUUUCUCCCCAUUCUUCAAUGUGAAGUGACAUUUUUUGUAACAUUUAAGAAAAAGCUGAUUUAAAGCUCUGAAAAUAAAUCAUCUGCAACAGUGUCGCCAUAUCAUUCUGGAUUCAAAGAUGACCACGGUUUAGAGAAAAUACAUGAAAUCAGCAAAAAAGGUUGAUUUAGAUCCAGAUUUUCAAUUAUGUAAUUUAACUCAACUCCUGACUACAAACAAUGGAGUAUAUAGAACAACUGAACAUGCUUCUGGAUGGCCUUAAAACAAUACUCUUAGGUUACUACAUUUACCUGCCAUUAGUGAGCACUCAAGGUGUUUUCCCAAAACUUGAAAAUAUCGGUGCUUUUAAACCUAUUACAACAACACCCGUAGAGGCGACUUGUGGUUCACCAGAAAGAAGUGUCUUUUGCCAUAGUGAUAUCAAUAUAAAAAAUAUUCAGACUUGUACCCAGUGUCUGUGCAUUCAAGAAUGCCCACACAGAUCAAAAAUGCCAACCCACCACCAAUUUCUUCAAAGUGGCCUUGGCAGUUGUGUUAAACUGGACAGAAGUAAUCAUCAUGGUCCAACCAGAGGUGGCAGCCCUACUAGUUUCAUUUUCUAUGACCAUAAGGAUUGUUUUGUUGCUCCAUCCACGCUGAGAACUGGAAUGUCAUUCACUCUGACAGUGUGGGUGAAACCCGAGAGAGAAGGUGUAAUGUGUGUGAUAGAAAAGUCUGCUGAUGGGCAGAUUGUGUUCAAACUCACAAUCUCGGAGAAAGAGACUGCGUUUUAUUAUCGCACAAUAAAUGGUUUGCAGCCUCCUGUAAAAGUAAUGACACAGGGGAGAUUUCUUGUGAAGAAAUGGAUUCAUCUUUGUGUGCAGGUGCACCAGAUCAAGAUUAGUUUUUUUAUCAAUGGAUUGGAGGAAGAUGGAAAUGCAUUUGCAUCAAGACUCCUUACUGACUCUGUACUGGAUGAUGACGACAGUUCAAUUGUACUAGGACAAAAUGUUAAUGGGUCGGAACAAUUUGUUGGAAGAAUGCAGGAUUUUCGGGUGUACUCAGUGGCUCUUUCAAACAGAGAAAUUAUGGAGGUAUUUUCUAAAGAGCUUCCAUAUUUACAUAUUCAGUCCGAAUGUCGUUGCCCCAGCAGUCAUCCUCGUGUACACCCACUGGCUCAAAGGUUUUGCAUCCCAAAUGGAGUUGAGAGCUCAACCAGAGAUAAGAUUUCAAGAGUAAAUCCCGAUGCACAUCCUGUGUCUUACAUGAAUGACAAUGAUCUUGAAACCACCUGGAUCUCUUCAUUACUUCCAUCUUCAAACACUGAGAGAGGCAUUUUUAUUACGUUGGACUUAGUUAAUGGACAAUAUCAGGUUUUUUAUGUUAUUAUACAGUUUUAUAGCCCUUUCCCACAGGCAUUAAAGAUCCAGAAAAAGAAAGAUAGGGAUUCUCCAUGGGAAGACUGGCAAUAUUUUUCUAAGGACUGCUCAUAUUUCAAAAUGGAGAACAAUGGUGUUUUGAAAUUUCCAGACUCUGUCAAUUGCCAGCAGUUACCUAGGUAUACACCAUUUUCUCGAGGAAAUGUGACCCUUAGCAUCCUUACCCCUGAGCCCAACCAUCGGCCAGGGUACAAUGACUUCUACAACACGCGAAGUCUUCAAGAAUUUGUUAAAGUUUCCCAGCUGAGGAUUCACUUGUUCAGCCAGUAUUACUCUGACGGGUCUGAGGCCGAAGCUGUUAACUACAGACACAGAUAUCAUGGAAUCAGUGAAAUUACUAUAAGUGGAAGAUGUGAUUGCAAUGGGCAUGCUGAUUCCUGUGAUCAAACUGUUACUCCAUACCGCUGCCUUUGUGACAUUAACAGCCACACCUAUGGAGCUAAUUGUGAUCGAUGUUUGCCACUAUUUAAUGAUAAGGCUUUCCACCAAAGUGACCAAGUCAAUGCAUAUAACUGCAGACCAUGUCAAUGCUAUAACCAUGCAACCAGCUGCCAUUAUAAUGCUAAAUUAGACCCUUAUCUGCAUGACCAUGACCAAGGAGGGGGCGGAGUUUGUGAUGAUUGUUCCCACAAUACAACAGGGCAACACUGCCAACUGUGCAAGGACCAUUUUUAUCGAGGAGCUAAAGACAAUCUUGCUGCCGUUGAUGUUUGCAAGCCUUGUGCCUGUAAUGAGGCCGGAGCAAUGGACAAGAAUAUUCCCUGUGAGCAGAUUGAUGGCCAGUGCAAAUGCAAACUCUAUGUGUUUGCCAGACAGUGUGAUCAAUGUAUGGACGGAUACUAUAAUCUUACAAAGUCCCAUGAUCAAGGGUGCCUUCCCUGCAAAUGUAACAUUGCUGGCACACUCAAUGGAGCUGUAACAUGUGAUCAGUAUUCAGGGCAGUGCAAGUGCAAGCCAAAUUUUACAGGUCUUCAAUGUGAUCGUUGCAACCUGCGCUUCAAACUACAAAACAUAUUAGGGGUGGAGAGCUGUGUGCCAUGCCAGUGCAACACAUAUGGAUCCAUCAAUCAGUUCUGCAAUCCUAUCAGUGGCCAAUGCAAAUGCAAAGCAGAUGUCAAAGGUCUUCUGUGCAACAAAUGCCCUGACAACUAUUAUGGGCCUGAUGCUCAGGGUUGUAAACAAUGUGAUUGUAACGUGGAAGGAGUUAUACCUGGAACAAUUUGUGAUGCAGUGACAGGACAAUGUGCUUGCCAGCCUUACACUGGUGGAAGACAAUGCAAUGAAUGUGUGGAUGGAUACUACAAAGUACAACAGAACGAUUCUAUUUCCUGCCUUCCCUGUGAUUGCAAUGUUUCAGGCACAAUCAACAGUUCUCAGUAUUGUGAUAAGUCAACUGGACAGUGUUUCUGCAAACCUUUUGUAAUGGGUCAGAAAUGCAACAUCUGCAUAUCCCACAAGUAUAAUCUCAGCAUCUUCAAUCUUCUUGGUUGUCGGGACUGCGACUGUGACCCACUUGGGACAUUAGUAGGCACCCAAUGUGACCCCAUUAGUGGACAAUGUAAAUGUCUUCCAAAUAAUCAAGGGAGAAGAUGCAACCUCUGUAAGACAGGUUUCUAUUUAUCAAAUGCCCAGGAUGAGCGAUGUAUUCCAUGUUCUUGUCACCCCACGGCAUCACAUAAUGAGACAUGCACUGAUUUACAUGGUCAGUGCUACUGCCACGAUUCUUCAGUAACUGGUCAAAAAUGUGACAAAUGCAAGGAUUUCUUUUUUGGAUUUGAUCCAGAAACAGGACGAUGUGAAUCAUGUGAUUGUGAUCUGGCUGGGGCAAUAAAUGGUAGCUGCGAUUCACUAACAGGCCAGUGUUACUGUAAGAUAUUUGUGAAAGGUUUCCAAUGUGACCAAUGCAUUGAGGAGGCUGGAGGUCUCAAUAUCCAAAACCCAUUUGGCUGUAGCAAAACUCCCUAUCAACAACCCCCUCCAAAUGGGUAUAUUCUUAACAGUACAUCUAUUGCCCUCUCGUGGAACCCUCCAGAUUCUCCCAAUACCAAUAAGAUAACCUACGAGUUAUACAGAGAUGGACUAAAGAUCUGCCAAUUUAUGGACGUUUACCCUUUCAGUGCUCAGACUUUUGUGGACAAUUCUUUGUUGCCUUACACUUUAUACUCUUAUCAUAUUGUAGCAAGCAAUGAGUAUGGAUCUACCAGCAGUGACAAAGUGGCUUACCGGACUAAAGCCGGGACCCCAGUAGGGGACAUCUAUAUUUACUACUUCAGUACCACCUUUCCAUCCUCCAUCUCUCUGAACUGGACACUCACAUCCAAUGACUCUGGCCCCAUAGAAACAUUCAGAUUAAUUCAGUCAAUGGCUGAUGAACACAAAGUCAUUUAUGAAGGGCUUGAUGAUUCUGUGACUCUAUAUAACUUAUCGCCAUUCACCAAGUAUUUUUUCUCUGUACACGCUUGUACCACUGAGGGAUGCCUGCAAAGUUUGCCAGUAACUGUUGUAACACCCCAGGCUCCUCCCUUAUACCAAAGUCCUCCAAUUUUGCAAAAUUCCAGCUCCACAAGUAUCUAUUUACAGUGGUCUCCACCGUCCCAAGCAAAUGGCAUUGUCAUAGCGUAUGAACUAUACAUGAGAGGCUUACUAGAGACAACUGGGGAUCCCAGACCACCUGAAAGACGCGUGUUUCAUACCACUGGUUGGCUUAAUCCUCAGCCAGUUGUGGAGUCUGAAAAUGAAAAUGCUUUAUUACCACCUGCCACCAGUGCAGCUGUCAUGAAUCUAGAGCCAAAUACAGAGUAUGAAUUUUCUAUUGUGUCAACUAAUAUGGCUGGAAGUGCUGCUUCAGAGUGGGUAACUCUAAAAACUGCUGAAUCAGAACCUCUCUUUAUGACAGCUCCAAAUAUACUUCCACUUACAUCACAUUCUUUAAAUGUGACAUGGUCAAAGCCCAACAACAGUGCUACAAGAGGAGAAGUUACCGGCUACACUAUCAAUGUUUUUGCAGAGGAUGAAGGAAUUUUUGAGGUAUUAUAUGUGGCUGAAGAUUAUGAAUUAUUUUAUGUAGCCACGGGAUUAAAACCCUACCAUUCAUACUCCUUCACAAUUACAAUCUGCAACAAAGUUGGCUGUGUGACCAGUGUGCCAAAUGUAGGAAAGACUUUAGCAGCAGCGCCACACAAAUUAAAUGCACCACUAGUGCAUGGGAUCAAUAGCACGACGAUGAAGGUUUCCUGGGCGCCACCUGUGUUCCUUAAUGGCCCUUUCCCAACAUACCAGUUAGAGAGGAUCGACCCUGCAUUAACAAUCACAAGUGCAACCAACUUUAUCAAGGGGACCCGCUUUCCUGGAGCCGGAUACUUCAAGUUCCCACCUGCUACGUUUCCAAUGAACACUUAUUUCACAGGCAUUAAAAUACAGUUCAGAACCAAGGAACCAGACGGACUGAUUCUGUGUGCUGUGUCAGCUGGAAUGCAGGAAGAAUUCGUUGUUCUUCAAAUAAGAAAUGGACGUCCUUACUUUCUUUUUGAUCCACAGGGCUCAGCAGUGGCUAUAAGCCCCACAAAUGACGAAGGAAGAGUCUAUAAUGAUAAUAACUGGCAUGAAAUAAUUGCUGUGAGAACUCAAGCCAGUGGCACCAUUACCGUAGAUGGCCUAUACACAGGAUCUGAUUCUGCCACCAGUGGGGGCAUCAUCAUUGGGGAGAUGACUGGAAUAUUUGUUGGUGGGCUUCCAAAUGAUUUUUUAAUCCAAAGAAAUGAUAAAGGUAAUGCACAAAUCAAUAGAAAGCAUUUUGUUGGUUGUCUUGGUGAUGUUUACAUACAGCGCAGUGGCAAUCCCCUGGAUAACUGGGAGACUUUAGACUGGGAUGUUGCUGAAGAGAAAAGUAACAUUCAUGAAAAGUGGGAGGGCUGCCCAGAAACAUCUGAAGAUGGAGCACAUUUUCUUGGAUUUGGUUUCCUUGAGCUUUAUCCUUUCGUAUUUUCUGGUGGUCCAAGUUUUGAAAUAUCCUUCCAGUUUAAAACCGACCAACUGAAAGGGCUUCUUCUGUUUACAUACAACACCGAUGGACCUGAUUAUUUUAUUGUUCAGCUAAACAAUGGAAUCCUGAGUUCCAUAAUUAGAACAAAAUCCACCCUCCUGCAAUUAAAUCUUUGGGCGGGUCUUUCUUAUUGUGAUGGGAGAUGGAACAAAGUAUAUAUCAAGAAAGAGAACACCUUAUUCCUCGUCGAACUAAAUAACUUAAUAGACAAAGUAGAUGAACCUGACAACAUUCAGAUAGAAAUACAAGUCAGUUCAGCUGUUUACAUUGGUGGUGUGCCAGAACAUGUUCAAAACUCUUUUCCAGAUCUUGAUUUGCAUCAAGGUUUUGGAGGUUGUAUUAAAGAGAUGGAGCUCAAAAAAGGCUUUGUUGUUAACUUUGCAACUUCCUCCUUUGGUGCUGUAAGAGUUUAUCUGGAUGGCUGCUUAUUGACUGGCAGCUCUGUUAACUGCAGAGGGAAUGACUCGGUCAUUGUAUAUGGAGGGGAAAGUCAAGAAUCCUAUGACAAUCCCCUACAGCCAUUUACAGAAUAUUUAUAUAGAGUGAUUGCCUCAAAUGAAGCUGGAUCAGAAGCAAGUAGUUGGAGUCGAGGGCGUACAAAAUCAGCUGUACCUCAACCUUUAAACAUUGAUUUCAAAACCUUGAACAUAAGUGGAUAUAGUGUGGCUGUAACCUGGACCAGACCUACUGGGGUCAAAGGUAUCAUUGAAGAAUAUAUUCUGAAAGCUUAUCCUGAGUGCAGCCCUAUUGUAUCUGCCAUCACAGCAACUUUUCCGGAUGCAGGCAAAGUCAAUGGCACCCUCAAAGGCUUGCUCCCCUUCACAAAGUACGCCGUAACUCUUUCGAUCUGCACCUUGGCAGGGUGCAGGGAAAUGCCGCCUGUUCUGAGCAUCUCCACUCUUCAGGAAGUUCCAGAAGAAGUCCAGCCACCCAUUGCGGAGACUUUUCCAUAUUCAUUGCAUUUAUGCUGGUUGGAACCUAGGAAACCAAAUGGAAUUAUAACACAGUACAUAUUGCAUAUGAAUGGAACACAAAUAUACAGAGGAAAUGGGACAGAACACAAUAUUACUUCAUUGACUGCUUUUGCACCAUACCACUUUUUGCUGACUGCCUGUACUCUAGUUGGCUGCACCAACAGUUCCGAGAUUACCAUCUUCACAGCUCAGUUGCCACCAGAUUAUGUGGCUCCACCAGUUCUUACAGUCUUGGAUGCAACAAAAAUCUUUGUACAAUGGAGAGAGCCAAAGAGAAGCAACGGAAUCCUCGAACGGUAUAUUCUACAUAUUACUAGCAAUCCAAAAAACAGAAGUUGUUGGCAAGUCAUCUACAAUAGCUCUGAGCUGUUUUUAGAUUAUGCUGUUCAAAAUCUGAUACCAGGAACAAAGUACUUCAUCAAGUUAAGUGCAUGCACUCAAGGAGGAUGUACAACAAGCAACGUUAGUGUAGCCAUAACAGAGGAAAGUUCACCAGGAGGUGUCCAGACUCCUAGAAUAGAGUCACAUUCAGCUGAGUCUUUCAACAUUUCUUGGUCUAAACCUCUGCACCCAAAUGGCAUGAUCACCAGCUAUACACUAUAUAUGGAUGGAAUUUUAGUACAGAAUUCCUCAGAUCUUAUUUAUUUUGUGGAUGGUCUCUCUCCCUGGAGCAAGCAUUCUUUCCAACUACGAGUGUGCACUGCAAAAGGCUGUACCCUUAGCAAAAAGGUUGAUGCCAACACUCAGGAGUCGGAACCAGAGGGAAACGUUCUGCUACAUGUGAUUAUCGAUGGGCCACGAGGGGUUCAGUUAAAGUGGCAGGGCCCUGGAAAACCCAAUGGACAAAUAACAUACGCUGUCAUUUUCUAUGGAACGUUUUUUAAAAAUGAAGGUAACACUUUUGCUGUAUUUAAUGGUCAAAACAUUUUGCACCGCAGUCAAGAAAGCAACAGAUGGGUCUUCCUCAGUGGUCUGGUUCCUUAUUCUGACUAUAGCAUUUACAUAAAUGCUUCCAAUAGCAAAGGAUUCCUAAUAAGUGAUCCCAUCCUGAUAACAAUGCCUCCUGCUGCUCCAGAUGGUGUGCUGCCCCCAAGGCUUUCAUCUGCCACUCCGACCAGUCUUCAGGUUGUCUGGUCUACACCAGCUCGUAACAAUGCUCCUGGCAUGCCCAACUACCGACUCCAGAUGAGGUCUCUGAAUCCGACAAAUGAAAUUAGAGAGUUAUAUUCCGGUCCCAGCACCUCUAUAAUUUACCCGAUUAAUGAUCUCCAGCCAUUUACACCGUAUGAUCUUAGGAUCACCGCAUCUAAUGCAUAUGGAGAAACCAAGAGCAACUGGACCACUAUGUUUACCAAAGAAGAUAAGCCCGGAACAAUUGAACCUCCUGUUCUAACUAUUGUACAAUCAAGAUCAAUAAAAAUUACUUGGCAACCCCCGCACAAGCCCAAUGGCAUUUUGACUCAUUACAAUAUUUACCAAAAUGGCAGGAAGCAAGUAUCGGUUCCUGGAAACAGUUUGAGUUACACGAUGCUUCAGUUGGAUCCCUUCACAAAGUACCAAUUCCAGAUAGAAGGAUGCACAUCUGAAGGAUGUUCACUGUCCUUGGAGUCCUUUGGGGUACAGACCCACCCUGAUGCACCAAGCGACAUUCCUCCACCUGUUCUCCAUUCUGACACAUCGACAUCCGUGGCUAUUCAAUGGCAACUACCUCUUAACCCUAAUGGAGUAAUAGAGAAUUUCAAAAUUGAAAGACGACUCAAGGGAGGAGAGAAAAUACACACCUUAGUAAUAUUACCUGGAAACCAUCCAAUGAAGUAUGACGAUCAAACAAGCGACAUGAGCCCUUGGACCUUAUAUGAAUACAGGAUAAGUGCAGCUACCGUCAAUGGAGGAGCAAAUUCCAGCACUUGGUCAGAAGUAAGAACAAGACCAUCAAGACCUGCUGGUAUGCAAGCACCCAAUGUUACUGUUCUAGGACCAUAUACAGCAAAGGUCACCUGGAGAAGUCCUCUCAUACCAAAUGGAGAAAUAUUAAGCUAUGAGAUUCGCAUGCCUGAGCCUCGAAUUGCUAUCAUUAACACUACUUUGUUAAGCAAUACAGUGACAAAUCUAAUCCCCUACACUAACUAUUCUGUAAGCAUUGUGGCUUGCUCAGGCGGAGGGUCAUAUUUUGGGGGAUGUUCUGAAAGUUUACCUACAUAUAUGACCACUCACCCGACAAUGCCACUGGGUAUUAGCCCAGUAUCUGUUACACCAAUCAGUGAGACAUUUGUUGUUGCUUCAUGGCAGCCUCCUUCAAGACCUAAUGGACCAAAUGUAAGAUAUGAACUCCUGAGACGUAAAAUCCUGCAGCCACUUGCAUCAAAUCCCCCUGAAGAUUUAAAUCUGUGGCAGAAUAUUUACUCAGGAACUCAGUGGUUUUAUGAAGAUAAGGGUCUUAGCAGGUAUACAACCUAUGAAUACAGAUUGAUUGUACACAACGAGGUGGGGUAUACACUUGGCACCGAUGUGAAUGUGACCACAAUGGCUGGACUGCCUAUAAGAGGAAGCAAUGUUACUGCAGUCGCUAUCAAUCACACUGCUAUCGAGGUUAAAUGGUCCAGACCCACUUUGCAAGACAUGCAGGGGGCCGUCGAACUUUAUACUUUGGUCAUAAAUUCAUCCAGUUCUUACAAGUCCCUGACAUUUCAAGCGCACGAGAACUGUACAGUGAUCGGCGAUUUGUAUCCGAACAUGAAAUACCAGCUUUAUCUUCAGACCUUCAAUGGGGCUCAUAGUAUAAACGGCGACUCGGUGCACGUGCAAACGCUGGAUGGAGAGCCUGAAGGCAUCUCCCCUCCAGAGGUGGCUGUCAUCAACAGUACAGCUGUACGUGUCAUCUGGACGCCACCGUCAAACCCAAAUGGCAUUGUGACUGAAUAUUCCAUCUAUGUAAAUAAUCAGAUCUACAAGGCACAGCUCAAAUCCCCCAACCCCUUUGUUGUCGGAGACUUAUUGCCAUUUCAAGUGUACAACAUACAGAUUGAAGUUUGUACUGUCUACACUUGUGUAAAAAGCAAUGGUACUCAGACUGCAACUGUGGAGAACCCGCCGAGAGGAAUUCCAAAGCCAGAGGUCACAGUUAUCAGUGCAAGAUCAGUUCAGAUUGAAUGGGGCUUUCCAGAAGAACCAAAUGGAAUCAUACUUGGCUUUGAUGUUCAACGAAAAACCUUGCAUCCAUGUUCUUCUGCUCAAAAGUUCUGUAAUCAUGGUAUUAAAUCAUGCUUCUAUGUUAAAUGCCAAAAAUAUGAAGAUAUAUGUGGAGAUGUAUGCUACAAUCCUAUUGACCAGGAGUGUUGCAAAGGAGUCCUGCAUAACAGACUGUCAGGAUAUGAAUGCUGUGGGGAUAAAUACAUUGCGUCCAGCCAAACUUUUUCAAUAAUCUGCUGUGGUGAUCAAAAAUACUUUGUCCAGCCAGAGCACCAGUGCUGUGGAGAAUAUUACACAAGAGUCAGAGCAGGGGAAGUUUGCUGCUAUGAUGUGCUGCAGAACAGAGCGGCGGUUGGAGAGGGGGAUUCCUGCUGUAACGCAAUGCCAUUUUCUUCAUCUGGAAGUCAAGUGUGUUGUGGCGAUGCUCUGCAGAACAACUUCAAUCAACAGUGCUGUGGUGGAAUGAUGAUGGCGAAUGACUUUAUUUGCUGUGGUGAUGCAGAAAAUGGUUCCAUCUAUCGCCCGUCUACAGGGAUGGUUUGCUGUGGGACAAAAUACAUCAAUGGUUCCGAAUUUAUCUGCUGUUUGGGUUCCAAUGGGAAAUUUAAAGUACACUUGAAACCUCCCAAUCAAGCACCACUGAAAUGCUGCGAGACGGAAUUGAUAUCAGAGGAGAAAGAGUGCUGCAAUGGGCUCGGAUAUGACCCAACUUUGUAUGUGUGUUCCAGCAGGGUACCAGAAGAAAUUUCUAUCGAGGAAGAAAAAUGCCAUUCACGUGUCCUUUGUCCCAUAUCAAUGCUUUUCACGGCAUACUGUGGUCACUGUAAUUUUAACCCCGAUACUGAAUCUUGUUUCUUGAGAAAAGGUUCAGUGAACCAAUGCAACAACAUUAUUAAACAAGAGGAUGGUUUCUGUGCCAUGGAAGGAGAAGACAUUAUAUAUACCGGAGAUGCUAAUACAUUCAGCUUUACGGAUGCAAGUGUGGAUCCUUUCACUACAUAUGAAUACAGAGUAUAUACUUGGAACUCUGUUGGUCAUGGCCUUAGCAAUGUGAGCAAAGUAACCACCAAGCAGGAUAAGCCCCAAGGAGUACAGGCGCCAAGAUGGACCAAAGUGGACAGCCGUGAAGACAUGAUUUUCUUGACAUGGAAAGAACCAUAUAUGUCAAAUGGCAUUAUUUUUUACAUACUCUUUCGUGAUGGGACUGAGCGUUAUAAAGGGACAGAACAAAGUUUUCAAGAUAGAAGAGGAAUUUCUCCAUUAAAAGAAUAUACCUAUCAGUUGAAAGCAUGCACGCUGGCUGGAUGUUCACUCAGCAUUAAGGUUUUUGCAGCUCUUCAACAGGGAGUCCCACAGAAUGUUCCCCCACCAACAAUCACACCUGUGAACUCUACAGCUUUACACCUGAGCUGGACCACUCCUCAAAAACCUAAUGGUAUCAUAAGGGAAUAUCAGGUUAUUCUGGUGGCUACAGGAACGAUAUAUUCAUGUUCAGCAGAAAGGAAGAACUACACUGUAUCAGGUCUCAAGCCAUUCACAAGUUACAGCUUAAUCCUCACAGCCUGCACCUCCAACGGGUGCAACAGCAGCGAGCCGUCUUCCAGUCAGACAUUGCAAGAUGCACCCGAGGGAGUGUGGUCAAAUCCCUACCACGUCACGAUCAAUGAAUCAGUGCUGGAACUAUAUUGGAGUGAACCGGAGACCCCCAAUGGGAUCAUUUCUCAGUACAGACUUAUACGGAAUGGAGAAGUCAUUUCCCUUAGAAGUGGAGAAUAUUUGAAUUUCACAGAUGUUGGCCUGCAGCCCAACAGCAGGUAUUUGUACCAGUUGGAAGCAAGCACUGAAGCUGGAAGUACUAAGAGUGGAGUUUACGUUGUUCAAACCCCAAGUGAAACACCAAAAAAAAUUCCUGUCCCUUAUAAGAUUUCAGUACUCGGUGCUUUUUCUAUUUACGUAGCCUGGGAUGCUCCAGGUAAAAUAUGCCUUCUAUGUGAAUUUGACUUCAGUAGACCUUUGGAAUACAAUAUUUUGUUAAAUACUGGCCUUCCUGACUCACAAGUACAUCAAGCUGGAAGAGAACAGUUUAUCAUUCUGGAAGACCUUAAUGCCUAUACAGAGUAUGAUGUGAGAGUACAAGCCUGCCAAGAUGGUAACUGUGGUGCAGGUGGUCACAUAUCUGCAAGAACUGAUGAAGCCCCUCCAGAGGAGCUGGAUCGACCUCACGUGGUGGCAGUUGGGUCAGAUAUUAUUAAGAUUAACUGGAGGCCACCGAAUAAGCACAAUGGAAUUAUCACCAGCUACUUAAUUUAUAGACGUCUUGCUGACCAUGAUGAAGAGAUACUUGUGCAUAGAUGGUUGGAUGGGAUCUUAGAGUACACUGAUUCUUUGACUGGACUGUUGCCUCACACAGCUUAUGAAUACUGUGUCAAAGCUCAGAAUCACAAAGGUAGUGUUCAAAGUUUAUGGUCUUUAAUUUAUACCAUUGAAGCCCCACCUGAAGAACUGGAACCACCCUCUGCAAUAGUAACCAGUGCAUAUUCAAUAUUUCUUACUUGGAACCCACCGGUUUAUCCUAAUGGAAUCAUAAAUUAUUAUCACGUCAUCUAUCAAGAAUUUCCUAGGGAACAAAACUUUAACCCAUCACCAAAAAGUACAUUGAUUUUUCCGGGGACAACAUUCCAAACUAUGGUAUUUGGUUUACUGCCUUCCACGACAUAUGGAUUUCAUAUUGAAGCAUUCAAUACUGCCAGUAAAGUCUCCAGUACAUCAACUAUAGCUCAAACAAUGGAAGCCUCACCAAGUGGGCUCAGCAACUUUACUGUAGAAAAGAAAGACGAUGGCAAGGCGUUGCUUCUCAGAUGGAAAGCUCCUGAAAGAACCAAUGGAAAAAUACAGAUGUAUAAUGUUUUCUGUGAUGGAAAUGUUGAAUACAGUGGGCUUUCACAUCAGUUCCUCUUCCAACGUCUUCAACCAUAUACCAAUUACACAUUAGUGCUGGAAGCUUGUACUGCAGCUGGAUGCACUCGUACAUUUCCUCAGCUUGCUCAAACAGAGGAAACUUUCCCUGCAUCCCAGCCUCCACCUGUAAUCCACUUUGUCAAUUCCAGCCAUGUAGAACUCUACUGGUCACCUCCAAUGUAUCCAAAUGGAAAACUAAAACAAUACAACGUUGUGAAAAGGUGGUCUCAUAAAAAUCCUUCAGCAAAUAAGGACAGUAUGAAUGAGAACAUUGUAUUUACAGAGAGACACACAAGCAGUGAGAUAUUUACAUAUGUGGAUGGAGGACUACAUCCUUGGACAAAUUAUGAAUACAAAAUCCGUGUGUGGAAUUCUUUUGGAUAUACUGAUAGUUCAUGGACUUUGGUUCAAACAACUCAAGCAGCACCUAUACACCUUCCACCACCUAAGGUUUUCCAUGUGGAAAAAAUCCCCCAUCGACUAGUAAUACAAUGGUCUCGGCCAGGAGAAGACAAUGGGAUAAUACUCUUGUAUAGGUUACAUAGAAAUAACAUAACAUUUCAUUUUACCUUUGACUCUGAGACUUUCAGUUAUAUAGAUGAGGGCUUGUUGGCUUAUACAGAGUAUAGCUAUUCCGUAACAGCAUGUACCUUAGGAGGCUGCACCACCAGUGAGGCAGCACAUAUUAAAACUUUAGAAGCAGCUCCAUCUUUGGUAUAUCCACCAAUGGUAAAAUCAAUUAGUUCCACUGAAAUUAAUGUGACUUGGUCUUCACCAAUGCUUCAAAAUGGAGAAAUAUCAAAAUACAUUAUACAGGUGGACAAGGAGAAAUAUUAUGUUGGAAAGCAAUUAUCAACCCUGGUGUCAAAUCUUCAGCCAUUCACACAAUAUAAUAUCAGUCUGCUUGCCUGCACCACCGGAGGAUGCACAUCCAGUUUGACUACUUCUUUUAGAACCAUGGAAGCCCCACCUUUGGGAAUUAAAGCUCCACUUUAUAAUGUCACAGGGCCAAACUCAAUUAAUUUAACAUGGGGAAGUCCAGAUAAACCCAAUGGGCAGAUUAGAAGUUAUGAGCUCCGAAGAGAUGACCUUCUUAUUUAUGUGGGUCAGGAUACAAAGUAUCAUGACUUUGGACUUAUACCAGGAAUGGAGUACAGUUAUACUGUGCAAGCAAAUAACAAUGAAGGUAAUAUUACAAGCCCUUCUGUAAAAAUUAAGACACUCCCUUCUUCUCCUUCUGGUUUGGAACCUCCUGAAAUUCAAGCAAUGAGCGCCUAUGAGAUACUUGUAUCUUGGAGACCACCUUCAAGGCCUAAUGGUGACAUCAUCAACUUUACAUUAUCUGUUCGUGGACAACUGGAAAUGACAAUUAAAGAAUAUCACCUCAGCAAUCCUUUCACUUCACAAAGCAGACAUUCAUUCAUUGUAAAGGAGCUUCAGCCAUAUCACCAGUACGAGGCAAAAAUUGAGGCUUGCACGUUACUGGGAUGUACCACCAGCGAAUGGGCAAGUGGAUACACAAAAGAAGCUCCUCCAGAAUCCCAACCUUCCCCUCUCAUAGAUCUACAGGGAAACCAGCGAGAACCUUUACUGUUAUGGAACAGCCCCAGCAACCCCAAUGGGAAAAUUUUAUUCUAUGAGCUGUACCGGAGAAAGAUCCCUAACUUAAAAGACAGCGCUCCAGGGGAACUAGUUUACAACGGCUCAUCCACUUUAUUCAGAGAUAUAAAUUUGCUGCCCUAUACAGAGUAUGAAUAUCAGCUAUGGGCUGUGAAUUCAGCAGGACGAACUCCGAGUCUCUGGACCUACUGCAAAACUGGCCCUGCACCCCCUGAAGGAAUCCUUGCUCCCACCUUUGACAAUGUGACAUCUACACAUGCUGUGGCUAAAAUCAGCCCUCCAUCUACACCGAAUGGCAUUGUAACCCUGUACAGGUUCUUCUCUGGCAACAGCUCAGGCCCUGACACAGUUUUGUCGGAAGGAACAUCCAACGUGCAAGUCCUCUACGGCCUGAGACCCUUCACCAAUUACUCUGUUGGCUCGGAGGUCUGCACCUGCCUAAAGUGCUGCAGCAGAGGGCCAAUGGUCCAACUAACCACUCAGCCGGCCCAACCUUCCCAUCAGCGACCUCCCCGGAUAACACACACGACUUCAAGAUCUGCGUCCUUUGAAUGGAAGGAGCCGGAGUCACCUAAUGGCAUUAUUGAGGGCUAUGAAGUCCACAUGCAAACACCAUGCCCUCAGCCUGCGCAGGUAGUAACGUGUGUACGAGGAGCACCUGAAAUAAAGUGCAGGGGAAUUGAGAAGGAGUGUAACGUUACAGAUCUGAAACCGUAUACUCAUUACAGUGUACAGGUGAUUUCCCACAAUGCAGUAGGCAGCACAGCCUCUGAAUGGAUCAGCUGUGUUACGCACAAAGAAAAUCCAACAUUCAACAGAAACAUCCAUGUGUCAAGUAACAUAACUACCAUAUUCCUAGACUGGAGCCUCAGCUUCCAACUCAAUGGAGAUUUAAAAGAAUUUGUUUUAACAGAAAGAGGACGGCGCCUUUAUAGUGGAUUUGAUAGUGGCAUCUAUCUACAAAGGACCAUGGACAAAACCUUAUUCUUUGAGGUGACAUGUACUACGGAUGUGGGGACAGUGAGCAGUCCAAUAUUUAAAUUCAAUUCAGCAACAGGACUUGCUCCUGCACAGCCAUUUCCAAGUGCGAAGAAUGGAACGGAGGCAAGAGGGAACACCUUCUACACAGAGCUGUGGUUUAUCAUUCUCAUGGCCCUUUUGGGGCUGUUACUGUUGGCCAUCUUUCUAUCAUUGGUUCUCCGGAAAAAGAUAAACAAACAGCCUUAUCCUCGAGAACGACCUCCUUUGGUCCCAGUUCAGCCGAGGAUGUCUCCCUCUAGUGCUUACACACAACAUGAGACGUAUGCGAAACACUCUCUGUCUGAUAGUCAACAUGUUUUUCUUCCUGAUCCUAUUUUGAAAGCCCCAACAGCAUCCCCAGAAGGAGAAAAUGAAGAAAAGUGUGAUCUUGUGGCUGAUGUAUCCGGCUCAACAAAUUGCAUCACAUUAAAAAGUUACAUAACACACUCAGAGGGGAUUGUUGAACUGAAGGUAUCGGAACUGGAGCCAAAUACUGGCCCGAAUACGCCAAUGGUGGUUAGAAAAGCUAGUCAUAUCAGCCACAGCUUUUCUCAGAAUUCGCUGUACCGCAGUGCCAGCCAGUUUAUAUCUCCUCAUGACAAAAAGUCCUUGGUAGAUGGUUCCUUAUGGGACAAUACACUGCAAGGCCAUGACAGUGGGAUGUAUGUUGAAGAUGAAGACCUGAUCAGCACCAUUAAAAGUUUCAGCACAGUGACAAAGCAUCACACAGCGUUCACCGACACACCGUUAUAAGAGGAGAGCACUUCUGUGGAGACACGAGAGGUCAACGUUAUUCAACAGACUGCACCUAGGGCAGCAUCAUAUUAUGACUCGGUUUGAGACCAAAUAUCCAGAGAAAUGAUAUACAAUACUUACAUCUCUUCUGCGUACAAUAUAUACAGAUCACAUGGGAUGGAAAUUAGUACCAGACACAUUUUCUCAUAACUUUAUAAACCAAAGACAUACUGCGGUCUUGAACACAAAAUGUAUUUCUCUAUUGCCAGCUGUAUGCAACUCAAGAAUCAAAGCGUUUUAGGAAAUUGCGUUUCCUGUACACAUGAUAAGAUACAGGCAACAUUACAACGGAAAAUCUACUUGUGUGUCUGCCUUUAUGUAUCUACUAUGUUGAAGUUGAUUUACCAGUCAACAAGACUCUUUGAAGUGCCACUAUACCCUAAAAUGUUCCCUAGAAUUGUCUGUAGUACUUAGUAGAAAUUUUUGGGGAUUAUGCAUUUGGUUGGUCCUACCCUUGCGAUGUCAAAAAAAAAAAAGCCUUUUCAACCCUGGCUUUGUGGUGGUUUCCCAUACGAGGCUAUGAGAGAUAAUAAUAAUAAAGCUUUGGCAAGCUAGCCUAAAAUAAUGGCAACUUGGGAGAAACUGAACUAUGGCAGUAAUAUCACAAAAGCUGAGGGAUUGGAGUAAUAACAAAGCUUUGGCUACCCACUCUGAGAUAAUGGCAACUUGGGAAAAACUGAACUGUGGCUGUAAUAUCAUCACAAAAGCUGAGGAAUUGGAGAAAUAAUGAAGCUUGGGCUAGCCACUCUGAGAAAAUGGCAACUAGGAAGCGACUAAAACUAUGGUAGAAAUAUUAUCAAAGAAGCUGUGGGCGAAAGAAUAAGAACCACAUGUUUAUAUUUCCAUUAGACCGAUACAAAUGAAAAAAAAAAAAAAAUUUUAUAGUGGCCCCUAAUUGCGUAUUGCAGAUACAAUUACAGGAUACAAAUAAAAUGUAGGAAUAUUACACAACUGCUAAUCCAUUUUUAAUUUUGUCUG